UAGGACAAUGCAAUAUGGAUAGCCUAAAUUUGUAGGUCAAUCGAGAAAUCAGUUUCGAGUUGUCAGAAAACGUUUCGGCUAUUCCUUAAAUUCAACUAAAACAUUGCUCUAUUAAAGGGACUCGUUGCAGUGACACGAUAAUACUUUCAUUUCACUCAAGCAGCAGGCUUGGCUAAUGGAGGCUUAUCGCCAAUUGGUUUUGUAAUAUAACGCACCUGUUUUCACAAAUUGUGCACCUGCAGAUACAUUAUAAAUUCGAAUUUGGUGUCAGCCUUCGGGGAAUGCGGAAACAACGAUGACUUGUUUUGAGAAUUCGAAAUAAAAUACUACUGUAACAGCAACAAUGAGCACCGGAACACCUUAUAUUGGAAGUAAAAUAAGUCUAAUCUCCAAGGCCGGGAUUCGUUAUGAGGGCAUUUUGUAUACAAUCGACACGGAUAACGCCACGGUGGCUUUGGCAAAGGUUAAAUCAUUCGGGACAGAAGGACGGCCUACAGACAGACCAGUGCCACCCAAAGAUGACAUUUAUGAAUACAUCAUUUUCAGAGGGAGUGACAUCAAGGACAUAACGGUGUGUGAGCCGCUUAAACCACACCAUGGUUUACCUCAGGACCCUGCCAUUGUACAGUCGUCCAUUGGGAGGUCCUUGUCCACAUACCCAUCCCAGGCCUCAUACAGUCCCUACCGGAGUAUGGUGCCUUCCUAUAACCAACUGGCUGCCAGCUCUCUACUCAACCAGCAGUAUGCUGCUUCCCUGGGUCUGGGAGCAGGACUUCACAGCCUUCCAGCAAGACGAGGACCGAUGGUAGAGCAGGCUGUCCAGACUGUACCAGCUGAGAAUGCUGCUGAAAAAAGGGUCCAGUUAGCCUCCCAGCAGCAGGGCAGAGAGUCUAGUUGGCUUUCCCAGCACUCUGGCAGAGAUGGCCCUCUGUCUCAGAGGACUGCUUCCAGUGGUCAAACACUGCAUGGCACAGCCCAGGAACAAAGGCAAGGUAAUGAUGAGAACCGCAGACCACAGAGACGAAGACAAGGCAAUCGUAGGGCAAGGAACCGUGGGAGAGGUCAGCUUCUUGUAGGAAACUCAAAAGCCAGAACCUUACAAUUUGAGUCUGACUUUGAUUUUGAAACUGCCAAUGCUCAGUUCCACAAAGAUGAACUUGAGAAGGAGCUUCAGGAAAAGUUGACCAUUAAAGACCCAGAGGAGAAGGUGGAGUCUGGGGUUAGUGAGGGCCAGAACACUGAGGGCACAGUGGAGGAUCCUCCUGGGGAGAAGUUCUACUACGACAAAACAAAGUGCUUCUUUGACAAUGUCUCAUCUGAGAUGAAGUCUAGUAGGACCACCUGGGCAGAGGAGAGGAAGCUGAAUGUGGAGACGUUUGGCGUUCCGGGCCGAUUCCUGAGGGGCAGAGGAUUCCGAGGGGACAAUCGUGGGAGACGAGCUGGGAGGGCCAACCAGCGCCCCGUGCCCAAAGUAGACAGUGCAAGGGUGUGAACAGGUGUGCAGUUACUUACCACUUACUGUAAUAAUGUUAGCUUUUAUUUGCGUUUUAGUUCCCUAGAUGCUUUCCUACUACAUCACUUGGCAUCAGUCUAUUUUUGUUUUAUCUUUUACUGGUAUUUAUGUAAGAGUUGAUACUGAAGUGUCCUAUGAUUCCUUCCCUUCCUCUUGAAAGACUUGUUCUUGGCCCUGGAGCCCUUCAAUCCAAAUGACGGUUAAGAUUUUAAGUUGCAGUUUCUUUUCAUUUUUCAUUUGUGCCUUGUCAAAUUUGUGUACGGAACUUCACUAUUUGCGCAGGAAUUGCAAUUGUGUACAUAGUGUGUUAUGAAUCCAUUUGCAUUCAUGGUAGUGCAAUUUCUGUAAAUAUUAGAACAUCAUUCUUGAUUUUGCCUUGUUUAAAAAAAUCUGCAGGCAUAAUUCUUUAGGAAACGUUUAUUUGGAUUGGACCAAAGCGAUGUACUUCAAUUAUUUCUUUUCUAUUAUUUCUUGUAAAUAAACUAGUUGGCAUGUCUAUUGACUGGCCAAAUAUGUACACAUGGCUCUUAAAGGGUGAUUUUUCCCACAUGUUACAUUUAUGGAAAUUGCUAAUAGUUGUACAAAAGCAAAACUUUUUUUUUUCUCUGUACUGAAAAUGUAAUUGCAACUGUGGGAAACUUGUACAGUUACUAAUCCAGUAAUAAACUACAUGAGAAAUUGC